UUGAGUGAGAGAUAUAGGGAAGGAGGGGAAGUAAACACACACAGACACUGGUGGCCACCAGAAGUUUGAGCCUCUUUGGUAGCUGGAGGCUGGAAGAAAGGACAGAAAUGGCUCUGGCUGUGAUGGGGAUCUUACUGGGCCUGCUACUCCUGGGGCACCUAACAGUGGACACUUAUGGCCGUCCCAUCCUGGAAGUGCCAGAGAGCAUAACAGGACCUUGGAAAGGGGAUGUGAAUAUUCCUUGCACCUAUGGCCCCCUGCAAGGCUACACCCAAGUCUUGGUGAAGUGGCUGGUACAACGUGGCUCAGACCCUGUCACCAUCUUCCUACGUGACUCUUCUGGAGACCAUAUCCAGCAGGCAAAGUACCAGGGCCGCCUGCAUGUGAACCAAAAGGUUCCAGGAGAUGUAUCCCUCCAAUUGAGCACCCUGGAGAUGGAUGACCAGAGCCACUACACGUGUGAAGUCACCUGGCAGACUCCUGAUGGCAACCAAGUAGUGAGAGAUAAGAUUACUGAGCUCCGUGUCCAGAAACUCUCUGUCUCCAAGCCCACAGUGACAACUGGCAGCGGUUAUGGCUUCACAGUGCCCCAGGGAAUGAGGAUUAGCCUUCAAUGCCAGGCUCGGGGUUCUCCUCCCAUCAGUUAUAUUUGGUAUAAGGAACAGACUAAUAACCAGGAACCCAUCAAAGUAGCAACCUUAAGUACCUUACUUUUCAAGCCUGCGAUGGUAGCUGACUCGGGCUCCUAUUUCUGUACUGCCAAGGGCCGAGUUGGCUCUGAGCAGCACAGCGACAUUGUGAAGUUUGUGGUCAAAGACUCCUCAAAACUACUCAAGACCAAGACUGAGGCACCUACAACCAUGAGACACCCCUUGAAAGCAACAUCUACAGUGAAGCAAUCCUGGGACUGGACCACUGACGUGGAUGGCUACCUUGGAGCAACCAGUGCUGGGCCAGGAAAGAGCCUGCCUAUCUUUGCCAUCAUCCUCAUCAUCUCUUUGUGCUGUAUGGUGGUUUUUACCAUGGCCUAUAUCAUGCUCUGUCGGAAGACAUCCCAACAAGAGCAUGUCUAUGAAGCGGCCAGGGUACAUGCCAGAGAGGCCAACGACUCUGGAGAUACCAUGAGGGUGGCCAUCUUCGCAAGUGGCUGCCCCAGUGAUGAACCAGCUUCUCAGAAUCUGGGCAACAACUACUCUGAUGAGCCCUGCAUAGGACAGGAGUACCAGAUCAUCGCCCAGAUCAAUGGCGACUACGCCCGCCUACUGGACACAGUUCCUCUGGAUUAUGAGUUUCUGGCCACUGAGGGCAAGACUGCCUGUUAAAAAUGCCCCACUAGGCCAGGAUCUGCUGACAUAAUUGUCUAUUCAGUCCUUGCCUUCUGCAUGGCCUUCUUCCCUGCUACAUAUCUUCCUGGGUAGCCCAAAGUGUCUGCCCUGCCAACACUGGGGCCCCUGGGAGUCACUGGCUUUGCCUUAGAAUUUGCCAGAUGCAUCUCAAGUAAGCCAGCUGCUGGAUUUGGCCCUGUGCCCUUCUAGUAUCUCUGCUGGGGGCUUCUGGUACUCCUCUCUAAAUACCAGAAGGAAGAUGCCCAUAGCACUGGGACUUGGUCAUCAUGCCUACAGACACUAUUCAACUUUGGCAUCUUGCCACCAGAAGACCAGAGGGAGGCUCAGCUCUGCCAGCUCAGAGGACCAACUGUAUCCAGGAUCAUUUCUCUUUCUUCAGGGCCAGACAGCUUUUAAUUGAAAUUGUCAUUUCACAGACCAGGGUUCAGUUCUGCUCCUACACUGUAAGUCUAAUGUUCUGACUCUCUUCUGGUGCUCAAUAAAUAAUCAUAACAGCAACUUCA